AUGCCUAGAGAAACUAAUUUAUCAAUAGAUACCGCUGCAGCUGCUCGUGGCAUUCAAAAGUCGUCAGCAUACAAGACAUCUGAAGACGACAUAGUUGAUGAAGGUGUCUUCGAAGAGGAAAACGAUUCCCCGUCGUCGCCUGAUAUCCCCGACGAGGAUAUCAACUUUGAUCUCGUGUAUGCUUUACAUAAUUUUGAAAAAACAGUGGACGGACAAGCAAGUGUCGAGAAGGAUGAAAAAUUGAUUCUGUUAGAUGACUCUAAUGGUUAUUGGUGGCUUGUAAAAGUGUUGAAAACUGGUACAGUUGGUUAUAUACCGGCAGAUAAUAUUGAGACGCCGAAUGAACGGUUAGCAAGAUUACAUAAACACAGAAAUGUCAAUUUAUCAUCUUCACUUCAUAAUGGAAAAGAUAUGCCAGCAGCUGGAUUUCCAUUAAAAAAAAGCAAAGGGACACGAAAAGGGGUCACUUUCAACGAAACUCCAAUUGUGGUAGAAGCAUCCGAGGACGAAGAAGAGGAAGAAGAGGAAGAGGAGGAAGAAGAAUGA